AUGAAUAUCUAAGUUAUUGAACUGAUUUAAUUUUUAAAUCAAAGAUUAAAUGAAGACUAAAAUCUACAGAUUUUGCUUUAAACCAAAGUAAAAUCUGUAUUAUCUAAGAUUUAAAAAUAAAGAAAUAACUUUACAUUUAGACUUUUUUGGUAACAAUUAUAAGUUGUAAACUUAGAUUCAAUCAUAAAAUCAAGGAGAUUUGCAAUUAAUAAGUUAAGAAAGCAUUCAAAUCGAUCAAAAAUGAUGAAGAAGAAAACUCAUUUUGAUACUAUAUAUAAAAUUUAACUCAUUUAUAAAUACAUUCUUAAAUCCUAUGUUUAUUAGGUUUUAAUUAAUAAUUCUCAUUAAUUUAAUUCUAUUAAAGUCUAUAUCCAGACCAACAUUAAUGAUUGUAGGAUGAUAAUUAAACUCAUUAUUGUAUUUAAUAUAAAUUAAAAACUUGAAGGAUUGCAAGAUCAUUUUGAAUUGAAAGGACCAAAAAGAAAGAAAUCAUUUAAAUUUUCUAAGCUAAAUAAUAUAAAACCUUUCCAAUAAAAAAACUCUUAAAAUUCUUUUAGAAUGAUAGACAACUUGAACUAGACAGUUCUAAUUAAACCACCUGAGAUCAAUUAAGAUAGUAGCCUUAUAUAACUAUUUAUCUUUUUUGAAAGAAUGAUUUUAACCAUCGAUUAUAUCCAAAUAUGA